AUGGAUCUUGAACCUCCCCGCAGCGACGACGACGAAGCGAGACAUCGUACUUCCACUGCCGCCUUUGAGCGUACUAUCGACGAGAACGCAUCGCGCGAACCACAGACACCCGAACAGGAUGAAAACACACAGGGAUCUGCUAGAUUCCCCCUCCGCCGCUCCGAGACAAAUCUUCGAAGCAUCGCUGGUAGCAGCGACAAAAGGGCGCGAGACAUUCUCGAACCCUGUGUCAUCUGCCUCGAGCCCAUCACCGAGCGCGCCAUCGCUGCGCCCUGCAACCACCUGAGCUUCGACUUCCUGUGUCUCGCCUCAUGGCUGCAGGAGAAGGCCUCGUGUCCGCUGUGUAAGGCGGAUGUCGUGAGUGUGCAGUAUGACUGGCGAGCUCCGGAUGAUUUCAAGACAUUCUCGCCGAAGAAGCCUGCUCCCACCGCCGCUGUCACCGGGGAGGCAUCCUCAACCCGCCAAGCUGGAUCAUCCGAGCUUGCUAUCGCGCGACCUUCGCCGUCGCCGUCGCUGCUGUCUCGGAAUCUGCCAUCGCCGCGGCGAGGCACGCGAUGGCACCCAUCUGCAUCUGCGUCUGCAGCAUCCCGAUCUGAGUCAUCAUCAUCAGAUCCAGCCUUGCUCUUCCGCCGCCAGAUCUACGCACGAAACCGCUUCUCCCAACGCAUCGGCAGCAACGCGCUUUCCGGCCACCGCGAUUUCGCCGCCAGGGACUUCGCUCUCUCCUCUGCCCUGCAAUCCCGCGCGAGGAUCUUCCUGCGUCGCGAGCUCGCGGUCUUUUCCUUCCUCGACAUCCCGCAGCGGGGCUACCUCGUCGAGUAUAUCGUCGCGGUGCUCCGGGCUUUCGACGUCAAGGGUGCGGACGGGAAGGCGGCGGAGCUGCUGGCGGAGUUCCUGGGCCGGAGGAACGCGGUGCUGCUGUUGCAUGAGUUGGAGGCGUGGCUGAGGAGUCCGUGGACGGCGCUGGUCAGGUGGGAUAGGGAGGUUCAAUACGGGACGGAGAGUGAGGUGGAAGUCAAGUGA